UUGCACUGAAUUAGCUCACCCUCAGGACUGUGGCUUGUCCAAAAAAACGUAGGCAAGAAGAAGUCAAUUUCAAGAAAAAAAUGAGCAUAAAGGUGGUUGACAGUGCUUUGACCCUUCAGGUUCUCCCAUUGUUCAUUCUCCUUGGGAUCACACAAUUGUGCGCUUCCCAAGUUUCCCUCUGGGUCCACCUAAUGCAAGACAAGGAUGAUGACUUUGAAUACUAUGACUCCACCGAACAGGAGCAGGACCCCAGCCUCCAGCACCAUUCCUGGGAGGAAAUGAGCUUUAUUGAGACAUCUGUAGGUGACUUCUCUACAAUGCCAGACCCAUGCCUCUCUGACCCCUGCAAGAACGGUGGUAGGUGUGCACCCGAUGGAAGAGACUUCAGCUGUGCCUGCCCCAAGCCAUAUGGUGGGACCACAUGUGAAAAAGUGGAGGACACGUGCCUGGACGUGAACUGCCGCAUUGGUGACUGCCUGGUUCUGUUAAGCCCACCUUAUUUUCGGUGCAGCUGUAAGCCUCCAUACAAGGGAUCAUUCUGCCAACGUGCAUCCAAUCAGUGCAAUCCAAACCCUUGCAAAAAUGGAGGUACCUGCAUACGGAACAGAAAGAGAUCAAAAUUCACCUGUGAGUGCCCUGAACCUUUCAGAGGGAGAUUCUGCGAGAUCGGACCAGAUGAUUGUUAUGAAGAGGACUCCUCUAAGUACAGGGGAAGAGUGAAUCAAGCAGUAGAUCGCAGGACCUGCCUGAACUGGAAUUCCCACCAUCUCUUGGACUUCCCUUUUAAUGCCUUUAUGGAGGAUGCUGACUUUCAUGGCAUUGGUGACCAUAAUUUCUGCAGGAAUCCUGAUGAAGAUGAAAAACCCUGGUGCUAUGUCAUAAAAAAUAAGGAAGUAGACUGGGAAUUCUGUGAUGUUUCACCCUGCUCAGAUGAAGAGCCAACAGACCCACCUGAAUCAAAUGAAAUAUUCGAUACAUGUGGGCAACCAGAAGUUCGUGGAGCACUCAAGAGGAUCUAUGGUGGAUCCAAGGCUACAGCUGGCAAGCAUCCCUGGAUGGCAUCUGUGCAGAUGAAGACUCCAGCUGGGAGUGAACAUUUCUGUGGUGGAGUGCUAAUUAAAUCAUGCUGGGUUCUUACUGCUGGGCACUGCUUUGAAAACAUGAAACGAAAUAUCCAAGUAGCCCUUGGAAAGCAAAACCUCAAGAAGAAAGAGUUUCAUGAGCAAAGAUUUGAUGUGGAGAAAAUCAUUGUGCAUGACAAAUACAUUGACAGAGGUGGCGUCCCAUACAAUGAUAUCGCACUACUUAAAUUGAAGCCAGUUGAUGGUUACUGUGCAGUGGAAACAAAGUAUGUGAAAACAGCGUGUCUCCCUGACUUCCUCUUUCCUGCUGGGACUGACUGCUUCAUUUCUGGAUGGGGCGAGACAGAGACAGGUGAAGCAUCUGAUCAGCUGUUAGAUGCCAAGGUCAAGCUGAUUUCACAGAGGAAAUGCAAUGAACCUGAACUACAUAAUAACUUACUGGAUGAAAGCAUGUUUUGUGCAGGGAAACUUCGAAAACCCAGAACUGAUUCUUGUCAGGGAGACUCCGGAGGCCCACUGACUUGUGUGCAAAACAGCUCCUACUAUGUGUAUGGCCUUGUGAGCUGGGGUGAUGGCUGUGGGUUAAAAAACAAGCCAGGAGUUUAUACCCAGGUGACAACAUUUCUCAGCUGGAUUAAAUCUGCAAUUCAGGCUGAGUCAAGGUUACGUCAUUAGGAGAGAACGACAAAUGAAAUUCUUAAAUGCCAUCAACUGGAGAACAUACAGGAUUUUCAGGACAAGAUGAAAAUCUAUUUGUGUUAUGUCAUGUUUCCAUUUACUUCUGAUACAGCUGCAUUUGCCUUCUCUUGACUUGCAGAAUUUCUGAAGCAUCAGGGUUGACUGUGACUUGCUGAGAUCCUUCUGUCUCCAACUGGUCCUAUAAAAUCAUAUCCAAAUAGAUUGUGAAAUCAGCCGGUGGACAGAAGAGGUUUUUAACUAUUAUUCUAUUAAAAUAUUUGCAUAUUAAAAAUUACCACAACCAGCAAAUGAACAAAAUCUAAAUCACUGCUCUGCACUGAGCGAAUUUCUACAGUGAAGUGCAAAAAGUGGACCUGUUCAUGUAAGUUAGAUACCACACAUACCAAAGGACUAAAUAUGCUCCUAAUUUCUAAUUUGAUCCUAAAUAAAAAGCAAACCAGAAGACACCUGAGUUCCACAUGGAUUGCACCCUGUAGGUUUCCCUGAGACCAUCACAUCAUUAUCAUACCCAGAACUUAAAAAGAAACUGCCUGUAGUUCCCUCUGCUUGCAUAACUCAACCAUAAUUUUCAUUUAUUUCCUGAGUAACUUUUCAGAUGGGAAUGCAAAUCAUGGAUAUCCACUGUUUCUCUCGAGCUCGAUUAUUGUUUGACUUGUUUCCAAAGGUAAAAAUUAAAUGAAACACGUAUUUGGAAUGCA